CCUGAGGGUUCUGCUUUCUGAUGCCCAGAGUGAAGAGAAUCAUUUGCCUCCCCUGUAGCUUCUCUGAUCAGCUGCCUUCGAGCUGCCAAGAUGCCUAUGUCUGCUCUUCAAAGUGCGAUUUUUUCUCAAAUGAUAGCUACUAGUAAUGUGCCUCCUCCUCCACUUCGCAGCAUACCACCCUUGAAAAUGCCUAAGCAAAUUAAUUAUGGUCAGUUGGACGCAUUAUACCACAUUAGAAAUAUCCACCACAGCUGGAGUUCUUGCACUGCUUCAUCAGCUCACAAUGCAUUUAUGAAAGAGUAUCCUAAAAUAUUCCUGCACAAAAAAAUAGAAUUACCUAAAAUUUUGAAAUGGGAGCCAAAAAGAAAACCUAGUGAAGUGACAGAUGGAAGUCAAUACCAACCUGAUGAUUCACACAACGUAGCUGUUCAUGUUAAAAAAGCGCAUGGUGGCUAUGCCUUAUAUGGACCAGAAAAAUUCACAGAAACUUUUGAAGAAUUUCUCUAUAUCUUAAAGAAAUUGCCCGUUAACAGAACAACACAUGAACAUAACAUUGUGUGGAAGAUGCUGAAGACAAUUCCAGAAUUAGCUUCGCAGCUAAAUGAUGAACAUCUGAAAACACUCAGCAAGAAUAUAAUUUCUGAAACCUGGGUCAAAGGCAGCAUAGUGUUUGGAAAUGAUGGAUUUUAUGUGAUAUUGAAAGGCUUAGCUCGACCUUAUAUACCACCAUGUGAAGAAAGUGGCCUAUUAACAGGCUCUAGCAUACCUCAGAUCAAUGUUGUUUAUGAAGCAGACUUAGAAACCUCUCCACCCCUAGAGAUCUUCCUACCUUCAGAUGACUUAAUGCUGAGACGAUGGGAUACCUUUGGAUCCCUGGAAGUGAUACCUGAUACUGAAUUAAAAACAAGACCACUCGCAGUGGUGGCAGAAGAAGAUUGUGAAUUUCUCAAAAUUCCUGCAAAGGACUAUGAAAAGUUAAAAUUGGAAAAAGAAAGACUUGAAAAAAUACACAAGUUUAAAUUAAUCCGUAAGUGUCCUUAUUAUGAGGAUUGGCCUACUUUAUCCAUAUCUGAGCUAACUGCACUUAUUAAAUGGAAAAAGUUUCCUGAAGGUCAUGUGAUAGUGGAGAGCGGACACAUCAUUUCUUUUGUGGCUUAUGUUAAUCAUGGAUACUGUAAAAUUUAUAGAAGUAUUGUAGGACUGGUGAAGCUGUCACCAAAAAAAGUAAAGAAAACUCAAAAACUUGUUUACAUGGGAAAACUCAAAGAGAAGGAAUCAUUCGGUGAGAUUAGUGUUCUUCUUCAAGUUCCAUUCUCCUGUACAAUCAUUGCUGGCAAGGAUGUUGAAAUUGGAAUAAUUGAAGACAAAGACAUAUUCGGUAAAUGCAUAAAUUGUCAUUUAAUUCUUACAUCAUUUUAUUGGAAUGUCGAGCACUGGGUAAAGGGUGGAAAAGGAAAAAUUUGUGGCAAUUAUCAUGGGUGA